AAGGGUGUGAUUUCUUAUUAUUAUUUUAAAAAAAUGUUCGAUAAUUAAUUAAGACAAAAAUAUUAUUUCAAAAAAAUUAGGGGUUAAUUUAGAUAAAUGUUAAGGGCAGAAGUGGAGGCGAAAUAGAGUGUGUUUGAGGGGAAGAGGAGAGAACUAAUAUAAAAUACAAUUAGUAUAAUUUGUUUUCUGUAAAAACAAUUUAUUUGAUCAAUCAAAGACGAAACUUUUUUGUAGGUAGCAAAUACACCCGAAACUCAAGGAUAGGGUUAAAGUGUUGCAAUUAAAACUUUGGAGGUACUUUUUGUAUUUUCUCUUUUUAUUUCCAUUACCCUGUUCGUUCUCCUGUCGCCAAACAAGUCUCAAAGUAUAUACUUUCAGAGACCUCGCCUCUCCUUGACGGCCAUAAGAGGUUACAAUUGCUUCCUCUGUCAACUCUUCUCCGUUGAAUUUAGUGCUCAAAAAUUCCAUCUUCUAAUUACACUGUUUUUUUUAUUAAUAUUGAAUUUGUUUUCUACGGCAAAGCUUCUGUUUGUGUUUUUGUGUUAUCCAUUAACAGACCUCUGGAGAGGAGGAUGGGUGUUAAGGAUUUGGAGAGGAAGCUGAAGAAAAAGAAGAACAAAGAUGGAGACUCUCAAACAAUUAACUCUAACUUUGUUCAAAAUGAGGAAAAUUUUCCCAAGGUUACAAAAGAAAAGAAAAGGCAGAAGAAGAAAUUGAAUAUGCAAAAUAGAAGAAGCAAAGAUGAGAUAGAUGAAUGCCAUCUCUCAUAUCAUAAAGCAGAUGAAUCAAAUAAUGCAGAUGGGGAAAAGAAAAAGAGCAAAUCAUCAAAGAAGAAGAGGAAAAGUAAUGUACUUGCUGAAAGUGGUGGAGUUAAUCAAUCUAAUGAAAUAGAGGAUGAAAUUGGUCAAGAAAAUACCAUAUCGAGUGAACCUGGUAAUCAGGAGACAAGAAAAUCCAGGAGAAAGAAGAGAAAAAGUGACAAGAAAGCUGGCAAAGCUGAAGGUGACGGUGUCCCCAAACGACAAAGAGGGAAGGAUCAUCCAUUAUCAAUAGCUAAGGAUAAUUUUCCAGUGGAGAGGGAACAAGCUGAAGAAGAAGAGAUUUAUGAACUAUCUUCAGGGGACGAGGAUUACUCCAAAGGAAUGCGAAAAUGGGUUGCUGAUUAUUAUCAGAAUAGGCCGGGGUUAGAAGUGUUGCAAGAAAGGAUUGAUGAGUUUAUAAUUGACUAUGAGGCGAAAAAGGAACAGGAAAAGAAAGAAAAAGAAGCACUUGCUGCUGAAGAUGGAUGGACCGUUGUUGUACAUCACAAAGGCAGGAAAAAGAACACAGAUUCUGAAACUGGAAUUGCAGUCGGUUCUGUUUCUCAGGCUGCAGUUAUGGAUAAUAUGGCCAGAAAGAAAAAUAAAGACGUGGGAUUAGAUUUCUACCGGUUUCAGAAAAGAGAAGCAAAGAGAAACGAGAUCAUGGUGCUGCAGAGCAAGUUUGAGCAGGAUAAGAAGCGGAUACAACAGUUGAGGGCUGCAAGAAAGUUUCGACCUUAUUGAACAAAGAGAAAAUCUCCAUAACAGAGUUUGUAGCUGCACAAAUUUUACAGAGGAUCGGUUUCAAGAUUGUUCAGCUCAAGUUCUGCUUCCUUAAAGAGAAUCAGCUUAUCUAACAGCAGAGUGUAAUGAACUAUUGUUGUUGUAUCUAGUUCCCAAUUUCGGUUGUAGUUGAGUAGAUGCCAAAAAAAAUUUCACUGAAGCUUAUGCUUUAUGUUUCUAUUAUAGCAUUCUCUGUUCUAUUUAUCUUUAUGACAGUAUUUCCUAGUGAGUUUGAUCAUUAAA